AUGGCCAUGGUAAAAGUCAUGGGUGCCCAGCCAAUAGCAGACUACUUGUUUACUCUGACCUGUGACACUGCUGGAACCAUUUACUCCAUUCACUGGAAGAGGAACGGCUGGCCUCUGUAUGCUGACAACAGAACAGACUUCUCUAUGGACAACAAAACACUGACCUUCAACUCUGUCCAGCAUUCUGACAACGGAGACUAUCAGUGUUCUGCCUUCAACCCAAUGAGCAACAUGACCAGCCCAGAAUACAGACUGAUCGUCAACUAUGGUCCAGAGAGACUUGUUAUCAUGAGUCCGGAUAUAGCAAUGACAGGACACACCGUGACCUUCAACUGCUCUGCCUCCUCUCAGCCUCCCAGCCAGUUCAGCUGGUUCUUCAAUGGCUCCCAGGUAGCGACUGGCUCAGUGUACGAGACUGGCCCACUGACCUUAGCCAGUCGUGAGGAAUAUACCUGUGUGGCCUUUAACAACGUCACUGUCAGAAACAGCACUGUCUCCAAGAUGCUCACCGUCAUUGGAAUGGUUUACUCCAUUCACUGGAUGAGGAACGGCUGGCUUCUGUAUGCUGACAACAGAACAGACUUCUCUAUGGACAACAAAACACUGACCUUCAACUCUGUCCAGCAUUCUGACAACGGAGACUAUCAGUGUUCUGCUUCCAACCCCCUUAGUAACAUGACCAGCCCAAACUAUAGACUGAUCGUGAACUAUGGACCAGAGAUGCCUGUUAUAACGGGACCAGCAAUAGGAGAAACAGGACACAACUUGACCUUAAACUGCUUGGCCUCCUCUCAGCCUCCCAGCCAGUUCAGAUGGUUCUUCAACGGCUCCCAGGUAGCAACUGGCUCAGUGUACGAGACUGGCCCACUGACCUUAGCCAGUCAAGGGGAGUACACCUGUGUGGCCUUCAACAACAUCAAUGGCAGGAACAGCACUGCUUCCAAGAUGCUCACCGUCAUUGAGGCUAUAACGUCAGUGAUGGUGAAACGAAACAAAAUACCAAUAUCAUCUGACAACCUAACCCUGACCUGUGAUGUCACCGGGCGUUAUGACACCAUCUACUGGAUGAAGGACAACCGGUCUCUGGUCCUGAACAACACCUUGAACUCUGACAUCACCAUCUCUAACAACUCUCUGCACUUCAGUCCAGUCAAGGUGUCUAACGAUGGAAACUAUCAGUGCGUUGCCACCAACCUCUUUGGUCCACACAUCAGCCCUAAAUACCAGCUACUGGUGAACUUCUCAGUGGUGAUUGGCUCAGUAAUCACAGUCACGCUGAAGUGCUCUGCCGACUCCCGGCCAACCAGCGAGUACGGGUGGAUAUUCAACAACCAAUCAGUGCUUGGGACUGGUCCUAUGAUGUCUGUUAUCGCCUCCUUGGAGAAUGCAGGGGACUACACUUGUGUGGCCAAGAACCCUGUGACCAACAUCUCAAUGUCCAAGACCAUUAGUCUGAAUGUCACUGGCCACUCGCCUGCCCCUCCAUUCCUGUCCAGAGUUGGUCUGAUGCUGACGGCCCUGCUAGCCCUCUCUCUCUGCCUCUGA